CUCGCUCUUUCCUCACACCGUCUCUCUGCCAUUCCCCAUCCGCCGUUUUCUCCUGUAAGCAUGCUGUGAGCUUCUUCUACUUCGAGCCAAAACCGUGAGCUCCAGGGACUUUUUUUUUUGUUGUUAUUUAUUUAUUUAUUUUUUAAAGCCACUAGCCCUCUUUCAUUCAUCCAGGCGUUUAUUCAGAGGAUUUUAUAGCAUCCUGUCUCCUGCUCAACCCGGUGUUUGGACUAUGCCGUCGAGAUUGGUAAAACUGGAGAGAAUCGAGGAACCUACCACAGGUGAAAGGAGGUUUUACGACGCUGCGGUAUAGAUGAUUGAACACUUUGAGCAUUAACUGGCAAUCUUCAAGCACCAGCGCAACGCACCUCUCCAUACAGAAAUUUGAGACGGAAAUAGAGGAAGAAAAUUUUCUACAACUAAACGCACACAGUGACCAACUUGUGUUUCUGAAAGAAUAUAUAAACAGUGCUUUAUCUCCCAAAUGGGAUUUCUAGGGAAGAUGUGACCUCCUCUUUUGCGCACCGGCAACCCGACCACCUUAAGGAACAAAUCACUGCUUUUCAAUCAGUCCGAUUCAGUCACAUCUUGACAUGUCUUUUGGGGGGAUUACAUGCGGAGAUAUGAGUAUUGUAAAAAGCCGAGCUGGAUUGUGAAAUUACUAUAUUUUCUUUUUAUUCGUCUCUUCAAAGAGGAAGUGCUCUGUUUGUUCAAUGGCUUCGGUCUCAAGGUUGGGAAGACGCAAAGAUGCCUGUCGCUGGCCGAGAAUGUCGUCAACUUUUUGGGCUGUGGUGCUUCUGACAGCGCUACUGGUUCUCUACUGCGGCCAGCUGGCAGCGGGGACAUGUGAGAUUGUGACGCUGGACAGGGACAGCAGCCAACCACGGCGGACCAUCGCCAGGCAGACGGCCCGCUGUGCCUGUAAGAAGGGCCAGAUCGCUGGGACUACAAGAGCCAGACCCGCCUGUGUGGACGCUAGUAUCGUUCGGAAAAAGCAGUGGUGUGAGAUGGUGCCAUGUUUGGAGGACGAAGGCUGUGACCUGUUAGUCAAUAAAUCUGGCUGGACUUGUACACAGCCCGGAGGCCGAGUCAAAACCACCACGGCUCUAUGACGCGACAAGAGUCCCCCUCGACACUCUUGCACUAUGGACAGCAUUGAUGACCCCCUGACAGACAGCCAAAAACCAUCUACCAUUACCAACACCACCUCCACCAUCCUACCACCACCACCACAACUCUACCCAAACCCUGGUCCCGCACAGGCAGGAAGCAACACAAGCAGCUACAGAGCACCAAGAGCCUUGAGGAGGCAACAAGGUCUCAUAACACAACCAGAGGCGGAACACCAGGGAGUGACUGUGUGAGGGAGCAAUUUACCCCUGGACACUGGACAAACUACUCACUGUAAAACACUUCCUAUUUCCUGUGGCCGGCUCCUCCAGGUUUGUGACCGCUCCCUCCUGCUAUCUGUCGUUGGGUCAACAUGUUGCGUCCACCUCCUCUCCACUCUAUCUGCCUGCUCUGUGAAUAAGCAGCGACUCCCCGUGCCAUAGAGGACUGGACACCGUAACAUCCCGAGAAUGCCUCGUUGGAAGUCUGUUUGGAGCUGCUGUCCCUGCCUGCAUCCGAUACAAUGGGAUUUCUCACAUCUCCCUCCUCGCCUCCAGAGCGGGAGUUCCAGAGCAUAGAUGGGAUCAUUACCAGAACAGACCAGAUCCUGUUGCUUCUCGGACCACCUUGUGAGUGAGGCCGUAACCUGAACUGAACGCUCUCUGCUGUGAAUAGGCCUUCUGCUGGAGUAAACCUCCCUUAUUUUUAUAGACCAAAGAGCAAAACAACAAAUACGAUCAUUACAGACAGAGUGGACCAUCUGGCAAACACACACUGAGACUUUGUGAACUUGUUGUGUCGCCACAUCCCAGCGACUGCCCCCACAGCGACACGGUGCACAGUGGACUGAUGCAAACCAAACCUAAGUCCAGUGGGAUCUGCAUAUGUACCGUACACAAUCAAAAGGAGUACUUUUAAACUUUGCAGACAUUUUUUUUGUCAGACUAAGCCCACCACUGUAUUUUGGAACUGAAUAUAGGUACUACAUACGUAUAACUGUGUAUCAAAAAAAAAAAAAAAUCUGAUUUGCAUUUUUUCAGUAGCUAUGGUUGGGACAGUUCACAGUGCAGUUUGUUGGCUCAGUCACAGAGGAGAAGUGCAAAUCAUAUCAAAGAAAUGAUGAAUAUAUACAGAGAGUUAAAACACUGUUAAGUCUGAAUAGAGGGAGUAAAGAAAUGUCAUUAAAUGUAUUUUGAAAGGCCCUAAAAAGUUAUAUAUUUAACAGUUUUAUAUGUUGUACCUUUGUAGAGAAGCUUAUUGGACUUAAAAUGUGAUCUCAAUGGCAGUUUAGUAGGAUGUGAACAAAUGCUGUUGUUCUCAUGACUGCUGGCUCUUAGUCCCAGGUUUUCUGUUCACACCUCAGUAGCCGCUUUCUUUUCAUGGUCAUCUACAAUUCACUGUCUAUCAAAAUCACUGAUGAAAAAAAAGGAAAGUGAUACAAUUUAUUGAGGACUGAUCUGCAGCCAACUGAACAUUGUAAAUCUAUGGUAGUCAGUGGAUACCAUUGAAAUCUGCUAAUUUGCUAUGAUAUUGUAUUGUACACAGUGUGGAAUACUGACUCAUUUCCUCUCUA